AUGGGUGUCAACGGCCUCUGGCAAGUGCUGCAGCCAUGCGCGCGCCCGACGAAGCUGGAGACGCUGAACCGCAAGCGCCUGGCCGUCGACGCCUCCAUCUGGAUCUACCAGUUCCUCAAGGCCGUGCGCGACAAGGAGGGAAACGCGCUGCGGAACUCGCACGUUAUCGGCUUCUUCCGCCGCAUCUGCAAGCUGCUCUGGUUCGGCAUCAAGCCCGUCUUCGUCUUUGACGGCGGCGCCCCCGUGCUCAAGCGCGCGACGCUGCAGGGGAGGAAGCGCAGGCGCGAGGGCCGCCGAGAGGAUGCCGUGCGCACCGCGAACAAGCUGCUGGCCGUGCAGAUGCAGCGGCUCGCCGAGGUCGAGGCGGCUGAUCGACGUACGCAGCGCAGCAGGGCUCCCGAUGCGGCUGCGAGCGCGGCGGGGGAUGCUGAGGAUGGUGUUGCAGAGGGGGAGGUUAUUCCGGACGCUGAGAAUAUAGUGUAUGCGGACGAGCAGCUCCUGGACAAGACGGAGCGGCAAAAGAGCCGCAAGUUUUUCAAACAGGACGCUUAUCACCUGCCAGCGCUGGAAAAGAGCAUGCAUGAGAUGGGAAAGCCUAAUGAUCCUCGAGUAAUGAGCAUCGAGGAGCUCGAGAUCUAUGCUCAGCAGUUUCACAAGGGAGAAGACAUUAACCUAUACGACUUCAGCAAAAUCGACUUUGAUGGUGACUUCUUCAAGAGUCUGCCGUCGGCCGACCGUUACAACAUCCUCAACGCGGCACGUCUUCGCAGUCGACUUCGAAUGGGUCUCAGCAAAGAGCAGCUCAUGACCAUGUUCCCGAAUCGGAGGGAUUUUUCGCGCUUUCAAGUAGAGCGAGUCCAGGAACGGAAUCGGUUGACGCAGCGUCUCAUGGUGGAAAUAGGAAUGUCGGAAAGCACAGAUCUGACGGUUAGCGGGCGCAUCAACAGCGAAAGAGGGCGCGAAUAUAUUCUGGUCAAGAAUGACGGUGCCGAGGGUGGAUGGGCCUUGGGAGUUGUGACGAGGGAGAAGGACAAGGGCGAAGCGCACAACCCUAUUGAUGUUGAUGCGCCUUCACGACGUAAUCUCCAGCAAGACGGCCAGGAUGAUGAAUGGGAAGACUCGGAUGAGUUUGAGGAUGUCCCCAUUGAGGGAUUAAACAGGCUUCCUAAGGCAAACAAGCCCAAGGUGGAAGGGUUGCUCACUGCUGAGGGCAUCGAGGAAGACUCGAUGUUUGUGGACCAGGCACAGGCCAUCGACAGUCUUUUCGAAGACCCUGAUCAGGAUGAAGAUUUAGCAGCAGAUGAGCAAGAGGACAUUAACCGGGCCAUUGCCAUGUCUUUAAAGAACCAGCAUGGGUCGCUGGAUCAUAAUGAAGAAGACAUCGACACUGAUGGCAAAAAGAAUGCUACGGCCCCGGAAUGGGAACAAAAAGCUGCCGAAAAGUCCAAACCAAUAUAUGGCGGCAGCGGAAGAACGAUUGCGCAUCUUGUCAACAACCGAGCUAGUCGCAUGGUCCCCAAAGCUAGGGUCACGGCUGUGCCAGAAUCUCAAACAAAGGCGGAUCUCGAUACUGACAGUGACAGCGAUGAUGAUUUGAUGGCUAUUAUGGCCAAAGCUCGCAAAAACAAGCAGAAACAACAGAAGGCUCCUAAGCCUGCCGGGACCUCUGCUACAUUAUCCUCCAAAAACCCGUUUGGCGGACCUUUGCCCUUUGAGAAGCUAGAUUGGAGGACAUCUGUAUUCGAGCCCAAGCCUGCAGAUGUGAAGACACAAGGAGGAUUCCCCAGCGCCGACCCUCAGCCUGCAGCUUUGCCUAAAUCGUCACCAACGGCGGAUAGGCUUGAGGCACUGGCCGACGAAGAUGAUGAAGCCGAAGGCGGAUUUGAACGGCCUGCCCCUGAAGUGGAGGGCCCUCGACCCUUACCCCCUUGGAUGCUCGAUACCCAAACCGAUAUUAGAGACUCUGUCAAGAAUCAGGCGGCCGCACAGGCGGACAUGAAUGCAGAAGAUCGCCAACUCGUCAUGGAGGAGCGCCAGAGGUAUCAGAAGGAGCUUGCGCAUCAAUACGUGGAGAUUGAGUCGUCGGACGACUCUGGUGACGACGAUAUCGAAAUCAUUGAGGCACCGCCGAAAGCGGUAGAACCAUUACAAAAGGAACCGUCGCCAGUAAAUUCGCCUGAGUUGACGAUUUCGAACCAGCCAGAUAUUCAGGCACCUGCAAGCGUGUCUGAAGAGCAGCAAUCAAUAAAUGAAGCGACGCCGGCAACAACUGCACUGCCUGCACAACCUGAGAAGUCUUUAGAGAAGGAAGCAGAAUCGCCACCGUCUUCACCAGAACCUGAAUUCGAGGAUGUUGAAAUAAUAGCACCGGAACCCACCGUACUGCCGGAGCCCGCAAACGCGGGUGGUCCAACGAAUGAGGCACCAGCUUUGGAUGCAUCUGUUUUCGAGCCUCAAGAAAACGCCGAUGUGGAUGUACAGCAAAUAGCCCAGGCUAGUGUGGAUGAUGCUUUCAAUGCUAUCCAGGAGUUUGAUGAUUUCAGCGACUCCGAGGACGAAGAGCUAUUGGCACAGCUGGCCGGAGAGGCUGAAGCCCAUGCGGAGUUUGCUAGCACGCUACAGAAUCAUGGCGGUAAGCCCACCGGGAACGCUCAGUCGGCCGAAGAUUACGAAAAAGAACUCAAGCAGCUGCGCGCUCAGCAAAAGAAAGACCGCCGCGAUGCGGAUGAGGUGUCACAGGUCAUGGUGACCGAAUGCCAGCAGCUCCUUAGGCUCUUUGGCAUACCCUACAUCACAGCUCCCAUGGAGGCCGAAGCACAAUGCGCAGAACUGGUUAGACUAGGCCUAGUUGACGGAAUUGUCACGGACGAUUCGGACACAUUCCUCUUUGGCGGCACUAGGGUCUACAAGAACAUGUUCAACGGCAACAAGUUUGUCGAGUGCUACCUGGCAUCUGACCUGGAGAAGGAGCUCUCUCUGUCGCAGGAGAACCUAAUCUCGCUUGCUCAGCUCUUGGGCUCUGACUACACAGAUGGCCUGCCUGGCGUGGGACCGGUCACGGCGGUCGAGAUUCUCUCCGAGUUCCCCGGCCCAGACGGCCUGACACGCUUUGCUGAAUGGUGGCGCCAGGUGCAGAGCAGUCUCAACGUGUCCACAGAUGGCUGGAGCAGCUUCCUCCGCAAGUUCCGUAAGUCACAGGCGACGCGUCUGUUCCUACCCCCGGGGUUUCCAAGCCCCGCGGUGCCGGAAGCGUACCUAAAGCCUGAGGUGGACAGUGACCCGGAGCCGUUCCAAUGGGGCGCUCCGGACCUCUCCGGUCUGCGGGAUUUCCUCAUGGCGACGAUUGGCUGGAGCCAGGAGCGCACGGAUGAGGUGCUUGUGCCAGUCAUUCGGGACGUCAACCGUCGCGAGCUCGAGGGCACUCAGAGCAACAUAACGAGGUUCUUCUCUGGCGGCGUUGGUGUCGGCGCUAGGCAACAGCAGGAGAAUGAAGGACAGCAACAGGGCGAAGCAUUUGCGCCGAGGAGGACCGCGAGGGGUGGGAGUAAACGUAUGGCCAAUGCGGUCUCCAGACUAAGGGCUCAGGCUUCCGGUACUAGUGCGCCGACAAGUGGUGGUGAUGGCGACACUGGGGAAACGCCGGCGUCUGGGCGGGCGACUGGUACGAGGAAGCGCAAGGCUCGCGCUGAUGUUAUAGUUGAGGAAGACGAGGACGGCCAUGAGGAUGCCGAAGGUGACUCUGGCGAAGGAACUCAGGAGGCGCAUUCAAGUACCCGCGGGGGGAGACGCAAAAGGGGGAGAGCCGCACAGAGAAAGGGGUAG